AUGGGAAAACAAUUCAAUUAUACACUCAAAAUGUGCACUUUCAAUGACUCUGGAUUAGAUAACAAUUCAGUAUUCUCAGAAAUGGGAUUUGCCACUGAGGACAUAAAAAUCAACAAAGCUAAAUCAGAAUUGGAACUUAUAAAGAAUAUAUUAAAAAAUUCUUUUUGUGAUGCUAGUGAUGUAGUUGCAGAAAGCUCUAAAGCUGUUGACAACUUAUCUUCUAGUAUUUCUAAGGCUGAGGAAUUAACAAGUGGUUUUUAUGAGCAAGUUCAGGAAAUCCAAAGUGUUUUGAAUGGUUUCUGUUUGCGACGGGACGGGGGAACAAUAGGGACAGGAGAAACUCAUCAUCGUUAUAAAUGUACAGAAUGUGAUGAUACAUUCCCUUACCCAAAUCUUCUUGAUAUUCAUAUGAAACUUCAUAAGAAAAGAUACGCCUGUGAUAUUUGUGGUAAAAAAUAUCAGAAGUUAACUUUUUUGGAUAAACAUAAAUUAUAUGGGCACAAAAAGACUUAUGAUUGCAGAUAUUGUACUAGAGUUUUUGCAACUUAUCAAUCACUAAGAGUUCACGAAAACCUUGAACAUGAGAAUCCUAGAAAGUCCAAAUCCAUAAAAAAUGGUUGUCCAAAUUGUGAAUUAGAUUUUGGUUCACCCGAAGAUUUGGAGAAACACUUAAAAGUAUGUGCGAAGGUAUACGUUAGAGCUUCUUAUUCGGCUGGACCAUCUCCAGCUUAUCAGCCAAUUAUCUCACCAGCUCUCAGCGUACGAUCUCUUCCAAAUAUUAGCAAAUUAACUCCAAUAGACAAUGUCGCAUCACCAGGAAUUGGGAAAUUGCCAUCUUCACCUCAAAUUACACUUACUAAAAUGGAUACAACAUGUCCUUUUUGCAGCCGAGAACCUUUUGCCGCAACAACAUCAAGAGAUAGACACAUUAAAAGGUUCCAUCCAAAUAUGAUUCAUUUUUUGACGAAUACCAAUUUUCACAACACAAAAAGCUCCUGGGCAAAGGAACCAAAAUUGGAACAUGUGUGUACUUAUUGUGGCAGAAGCUUUUCUGAACUUAAAAAACUUCAUUACCAUGAAGCUGGUCACAGAAAGAAUGAGGAUGACAGUCAAAUGGAUCUUGGUCAGGAGUUUAUUUUUUAA